AUGCUUAACGCAUGUCAAGAACUAGUACAAUUAAUUCAAAAACAAGGUCGUAAAUGGCAAAAAGCUAUUCAAUUUGAACGUGACGCACGUAUACGUAUGGAGCGUAUGUGUGAAGAAGUUGCAUCACAAAGUGCUAAAUUAGAAAAAAGAAUGCACCGUGCAUCGCGUAAAGAUCAAAGUGCAAUAAAAACAUCUGAUAUACGUAACACUAAUGAAGAUAGUCUUUCAUCUGAUAGUGAUGAAUUUCAUGAUGCUGAAAGUGCUUUUCGUAUUCCACUUCAACAACACACAUCAAAUGAUGACAAUAAAUCCAAUAUUGUUGAUGAUGAUGUAAGUUCAUAUGGUGAUGACGAUGAUGAAAGUGAAUCAGAAGAACGAGAAGAAAAUUUACCUGUAGUUAUUGUAAAAAGAUCAAAAAAUACUGGUACAGCAAAUAAUAUUCCAUCAACAACACCAACGGUUAAAACUACAAAUAAUGUUCAAAGAACUACUACAUCAAAACGUAAACGUCGUGAUCGUAUUCCAGAACGUCCGAAUUAUAGUAUUAAUUUAUGGAGUAUAAUAAAAAAUUGUGUUGGAAAAGAUUUAUCAAAAAUUCCAAUACCAGUUAAUUUUAGUGAACCAUUGUCAAUGUUACAACGUAUAACUGAAGAACUUGAAUAUAGUUCUGUACUUGAUGCAGCAGCUAAAACAAAUAAUAAUUGGGAACAAUUAGCAUAUGUUGCUGCAUUUACAGUUUCAUCAUAUUCAACAACAGCAACACGAAUUAAUAAACCAUUUAAUCCAUUACUUGGUGAAACAUUUGAAUGUGAUAGAACAGAUGAUCUUGGAUGGAGAUCAAUGGCUGAACAAGUCAGUCAUCAUCCACCAGCUGUUGCAACACAUUCUGAAGGACAAGGAUGGACUUUAUAUCAAGAAUUUACAAUGGGAUCAAAAUUUCGGGGACAAUAUUUAAGUAUAACACCAUUAGGUUAUUCUCAUCUUAUAUUCAAAAAUACUGGUAAUCAUUUUACAUGGAAAAAAGUAACUACACUUGUUAAUAAUAUAAUUGUUGGUAAACUGUGGAUAGAUAAUGUUGGUGAAAUGGAUAUAAUUAAUCAUACAACAAAAGAUACAUGUAAAUUAAAAUAUUUUCAAUAUAGUUAUUUUUCAAAAGAUGUUCCACGUAAAGUAACCGGUGUUAUAACUGAUUCAAAUUCUCAAGCUCGAUGGGUAUUAUCUGGUACAUGGACAGAAAAAAUUGAAGGUGGUCCUGUUGAAUCAACAUCAGAUCAUAAUACACAUUCUCAUCAUAUGGAAACACAUAAUAUGAAAGUAUUAUGGCAACGUAAAAUGCCACCAGCAUAUAUGGAAAAAAUGUAUAAUUUUACUGAACUAGCUAUUGAAUUAAAUGAAGAUGAACCAGGUGUUGCACCAACUGAUUCUCGUCGUCGUCCAGAUCAACGUUUAAUGGAAGAAGGACGAUGGGAUGAAGCAAAUCAAGAAAAAUUACGUGUUGAAGAAAAACAACGGCAAACAAGAAAAAUCCGUGAAGUACAUGGAAGUGGAACCGAUUCAUAUAAACCAAAAUGGUUUAUUAAACAAUUUGAUUCCAUGACUAAUUCAGACGUGCAUGUAUUUACAAAUCAAUAUUGGGAAUCUAAAUUAAAACAAGAUUGGUCUAGAUGUGAUGAUAUAUUUUAA